AUUGCUCACCGAUCAGCUAUAGAAUCAAAUCUCCACAUAUCUUCAUCACUUAUCCCAAUCGCUCAAUUAUAUCACACGCCCGAACCCUUGCAACAAUGGCCAACCUCGACGUGACCAUUCCGAAGUUGAAACUCAAUGAUGGCGCCUCAAUUCCCAUGUUGGGUUAUGGCACCGGAACUGCUUGGUACAAGCGUGAUGACGAUGGCAAGAUCGAUCAAGCGACCGUUGACGCCGUGAAAAUGGCUAUCAAGUUGGGGUACACACAUCUUGAUGGAGCAGAGAUAUACAAGACCGAACGCGAGCUUGGAAUAGCCAUCAAAGAGAGCGGUGUCGCACGCGAGAAGCUUUUCGUGACGACCAAAGUGAACAAUGAAAACAUCAACGACAUUGCUGGUGCAAUCAAGGCAAGCUUGGAGAAACUUCAACUAGACUAUGUUGAUCUUUACCUCAUCCACCAACCUUGGUUUGGCAAUUCAGAGGCCGAUCUCCAAAAGGCUUGGGCCGACAUGGAAGCUGUCAAGGCCUCAGGCCUGGCCAAAUCCAUUGGCGUUUCCAACUAUCUGCCCAGCCAUCUGGCAACCGUUCUCAAGACGGCCAAGGUUAAGCCAGUCUGCAACCAGAUCGAAUUCCACCCUUACCUCCAGCACCCAGAGCUUCUGGAAUUCCACAAGCAAAAUGGCAUCGCCACUACCGCAUAUGCACCUCUGACGGCUGCCACCAAGGCAAAGCCCGGGCUCGUGGAUGGAUAUGUGGAGAGUCUGACCAAAAAGUACGCCGUGAGCGAAAAUGAAAUCUUCCUCAGGUGGUGCAUCGACCAGGACAUUGUUCCAAUUACGACGAGUAGCAAGGAGCAGCGACUCAGCGAUUACCUGAGGGCGAUGACAUUCAAGUUGACACCAAAAGAGAUUGAGGAAAUCAAUCAACUGGGCCAGAAGAAGCACUUUAGAGGUUUCUGGGCAGUCAAGUUUGCCAGUGAUGAUGGAUCGUGAGAUAUCUAGACCAAGACAAGAUGAAAGCAGAAACUGAGAGUAUCACAUGCCAAAGGAAACAUGGGGCAGAAAGUGCGAGGGAUUAAUAGCUCACCUAGCAGGCUUGCUCAAGCGCCAUUGGUUCGGUGUAGUCUCCAAUCCACAAGAUGUGUGCCAGCGAUGCUCAAUGAAACAAG